CCAGAAUCACUCCUAGUCACUUCUUAGUCUGUCAAGAGCGGUUCUGACAAACGUGUAUAUAUGUAUAAUAAUUUGCGACAUUUUUUCUGCUAAACAGAGCAGAUGCAGUGCAAUUUCUUUUGACAUACAUAGAACAACUAUCGUAUAUUUGUCAAGUGAAAGUUGCGUGAAAUUUCAAUUUACCUGAAUUUAACAAUUUUCAAUUUUAGAAUUAAAUUUUAAAUUAAUUGUCUUAAAAAAUGAGUGCGAUCAACCAAGAUCUGCAACGCGAAAGAGAAAAGUGUACAUUUCGUCCUGAAGAAUUGACAAAUUAUCUCGAUGGUAGUGUUCAAAAAACUAUCGAUCGUCGGGAAACAGAGGAGUUUUUUUUAAAAAAUCCAGAGUUACGUACGAAUAUUUCUCCAAAAUACUUAAGUCACAAAGAAGUUUAUGAAGAGGCUGUACGAAAAAGUUGUUUAAUUCUGAAGAAAGUUAAAGAAUUUCAAGAUACGGGAAGGGGUGGGGACAUUAAUAUUUAUUCUCAAAUUUUGGGAGGAAUGCUCGGAUCAGCAAUGCUGAAAGAUGGCAAUCCAUUAUCGUUACAUUUUGUUAUGUUCAUACCGACAAUUAUGGGUCAAGGGACCACCGAACAACAGGCAGAAUGGAUAACUAGAGCGUGGUUCUGUAACAUCAUUGGCACAUAUGCUCAGACAGAAUUAGGACAUGGCACUUUUAUCAGAGGUCUGGAGACAACUUCAACUUAUGACCCCUCAACAGAAGAAUUCGUUCUCAACAGUCCAACAUUGACUUCUUAUAAAUGGUGGCCUGGUGGCUUGGGUCAUACUGCUAAUUAUGCAGUAGUAGUUGCACAAUUGUACACGAAAGGUGAAUGCAAAGGAAUUCAUCCGUUCAUUGUUCAACUGAGAGAUGAAGAAACUCAUGAACCACUUCCAGGAAUUAAAAUUGGAGAAAUUGGGACAAAAUUAGGAAUGAAUGCGACCAAUAAUGGUUUUCUAGGUUUUCAAAACUACAGGAUACCAAGAGCAAAUAUGUUAAUGAAGAAUUCUAAGAUAUUAGAAGACGGAACUUAUGUAAAAGCACCGAAUUCUAAAUUGACCUAUGGAACUAUGAUGUUUGUUAGGGUUGUUUUAAUUAAAGAUGCCAGUAGAUAUUUAUCCAAGGGAUGUACAAUUGCAAUUAGGUACAGCGCUGUUCGGAAACAGGGACAAAUUCAUUCCCAAGGACAUGAAACUCAAAUUAUUGACUAUGUUACUCAACAGUACAAACUGUUUCCUUCGCUAGCAACGUGUUUUGCUUUACUAAUGGCUGCGGAUUAUAUAUGGGAAUUGUACAACAAUGUCAAUGCCGAAUUAGACCAAGGCGAAUUGGAGAGAUUACCAGAGUUGCAUGCUCUGUCGUGUUGUUUAAAAGCCGUGGCCAGUGCGGACGCAACGAAUGCUGUCGAACUACUACGAAUGUCCUGUGGUGGACAUGGAUACAUGGAUUCCAGUAAUUUUCCAACAACUUAUGGAUUAUUGACUGCCAUGUGCACUUACGAAGGCGAAAAUACGGUUCUCCUUUUGCAAACGGCGAGAUAUUUGGUAAAAGCUUGGAAACAGGCAGUUAAUAGGGAGCCUUUACCUCCCACUGUCAGAUAUUUGGAAGCGGCAGCGAGAAGAGGCAAAAGAAGACCUUGGAAAAAUACUCUCACUUGCAUCAUCAUUGCUCAUCAAGCGGUGGCUGCUGGAAAAAUACAACUAGCAGUGGAAAAUAUGGAAAGGCGUACAAAAAGCGGAAUGUCACAGGAGGAUGCUUGGAAUGCAACGAGUAUCGAAUUAUCUCAAGCAGCCGAAUCGCAUUGUCGUGUUUUCCUAGUGGAAACUUACAUUAAUGGAGUCAAGAGACUCUCAUCACUUUCGAAGAACCUGCAACAAGUCCUCUUGCAACUUUCUGAAAUAUAUUCAAUUUACUGGGUUCUACAAAGAGUUGGAGAUUUCCUGAGAUUUUCCUGUCUCAAUACUCAAGAUGUACCUGUGCUUCAAAAGCGACUCGAAGAAUUAUUAUCCUUAGUCCGUCCUAACGCAGUGGGAUUAGUCGAUGGUUUUGAUAUUCGUGAUGAAAUUUUAGGUUCCGCAUUAGGUGCCUACGAUGGAAACGUGUAUCAACAUCUUUUUGAUGAGGCCAUGAAAAGUCCACUCAAUCAAAAGAGUGUUAACGAAUCGUAUCACAAGUAUUUAAAACCAUUCAUGAAGAGCAAUUUAUAAUAGAAACGAUGAAAUAUAAUUAUAAGACGAAUGUUAAGACUAGCAAGUGAAUUUCAAUUGUCAUUCAUACGUUUCUGUGGCUUGACAGUUACUUAGUUUAUAUGAGGUCGCGAUUACGAGUUCACUUUUUCAAAACACAAAAUGGCUGGUCCAAUAUGGCGGACGCAUUUUUUAAAAAAUCGAUCAGAUUCGCUUAAAAUUGUAAAAUUGAAUUCUUCUAGAAUCACUAAUUAGUAAUUACUAAUUUGAUGUUUGUUUUUAAAAUAUUUUUCAUUAAAAAAAACUCUAGCAAACAAGUUUCAUGCAAUUCUGAUUAAUUUUUUAUAAAACUUAUUUUUAAUUGAUUAUUGAUGAUAAAUGAUGAUAUUUGAUUAUUUUUAUUUGAUUUUUUAUUCAUUUUGAAUUUUUUUCAAUAUAAGUAUAGUUUUUCCAUUGAAUAUUCAUUCCAAAGAUUGUAAAUUAAUAUUUUUCUAUUUAAAGUUCAAUUUUAUUCAAAAUUUAUUUUCAAAAAGUAUAUUUGAUUAAAAUUAUUUAAAAACUAUUGCUAAACGAUGCAAAGUUAAAACUUUAAUUUUUGUCUUCAUUUUAUGAAUACUUCCUCAUGGAAGCGUCUAAUAAAAAAUUGAUUCUUAAUUUAAUUAAUAUAAUUUAAAUUAAAAAUUCAACACUAAAAAGCCAAAAAGGAACUUUUUUUCAAAAUUUUGAUUUUAAAAAACUUUUUUAAUGUUAAUAACUUUGACUAACGCGACCGAAAAAUGUUCAAUAAACAUUUUGAAAAAUGUUUAAAAGAUGCGUCUUGAUGCCUCGCAAAAAGCGCUACGAAAUUAAAGAAAAAUAUUUAUAGGUCUCGGAACAUUUUUUAAAAAAUAUUUGCAUACAUCAUUUUUGGAAAAGUUUUAAAACACGAACAAAAUAUAGUUAAACCUAAUGAAUAAGAUGUACAGACUACAGAUUUUGUGACCCCCCUCGAGAUCUACAAUUUAAAAAUAAUUCAUCGUUUCAGCUUUUACGAAACUUGAAAUAUUUUUAAAAAAUGUAACGUUUACAUACACUCACACUAAAUGACAGGGUUGCCACGCAACCUGAAAACCUGGAAAUGUCAGGAAAUUUUAUAAACCUUGAAAAAACCUGGAAAAGUCAGGGAAUUUUGAUUGGAAUCUUGGAAAAUUAUUGUUUUCUAAAGUUAUU